UAACAUAAUAUGCAUCAAUCACAGUAGGCCAGCUACCCUUCCCUGCAUCUGGUACCUUUGGGCCAUAAUGUUUGAACUGGUUAAUAUAGAAAUCGUACAGAGACCGGGCGUGCUGGUACUGCAUUGCUGGAGCCAUCUUACCACGCGAUCCUUUGAUGGUACGCAGAGCACUAGGGGAUGUCUAUGCGGGAUGCCUGAUCAGAGGAGUAGGCAGCCAUGUCCGCAUAUAACCAUCUGGCAUUGGUGACGUGUUUUGCAGCGAAUGCGUCAAAUGAGUGCCGUGGUGCCCGGGCAGAUUGACAGACCAUGGCACUCGUUAGACAUCUUUUGCAGUGUCUCCCUUGACGCUGCGAAGGCUGUCCAGGGCGGUAGGCUCGAACAUCAUGACAGGAUGCUCCUUUGCGAAGAAGAUCUUGUUCUGCUCCUCCGCCGCCCGGACGUCCUUGUCAUCGAAACACCUCUGCAGCACAUCCUUUACCUUCUUGCAUUUAUCCGCCGUCCAGUCGGCAGAGCGCGGCUUUUCGUGAAGCCGCAGCUUGUCGUGUAACAGUGCGUAUAAGGGGUUAAAGUAGUAGCCACCGAAUUGACUUAAAGUCAUAUUUGGUUGAUCCGAAAGGUUUAAGAAUGCGUUUGAAAAGGUUGGAUGCUGUCCGUGGGCAUGUGAGUAGG